GAGGAGGACGUAGAACGGCAGAAGACAACGUUGUAGUAGGUCGCCUCACGUGAAACGCCGCUGCUUUCGCGAGAGUCCACGUGGGUCCUCUCGAUCGUCGCCUCCUUUUAAUUUGUUCUCGCCGAGCGGUGGCCGCGUAGUGUGUGUGGAGAAUGAGACGAAAAUAAAAAGGGGUUGAGUGGGGGCAGUGUGCGUCCGUCCGUGCGUCCGAGCAGGCGAGACACUGCAACCAGCAGCCAGCGUUCGCGGCCUCCAGCAAUCGACAGCAUGAGUGCGCCUGAGGCGGACGGCUGGCGGCCGCGUGACGGCGGCCUUCAUGGCUGGCUUGUGGUGGCCGCCUCCUUCUGCGUCAACGGCCUCGUUUUCGGCCUCAUCAACUCCUACUCGGUCAUCUACGCGCGCCUCCAGGAAACCCUUAUCCAGGCUGGGGAGACUGAUGCAAGCUCCAUGGCAGCUCUGGUCGGCUCGCUGACAAUUGGCGCCACUUUCUCAUUAUCGCCAGUUGCUGGCAUUUUGACCGACAUGCUCGGCCUGAAGCGGACCACCUUGGUCGGUGGCUCCCUUGCCGUCAUUGGGAUGACACUAUCAUCGUUCCUGACACACACGGUGGAAGCUCUUUGUGUUACCUACGGCAUUAUUUUUGGCAUCGGCGCUUCCCUAGCGUACACCCCUUCUUUGGCUGUGCUCGGCCUGCAUUUCAGAGAAAAGCUCGGCUUAGUUAACGGAAUUGUUUGCACAGGCAGCUCAGUUUUCACCAUAGCUCUGCCUCCGAUUUUAAGUUUUUUGCUGCAAGAAGGAGACCUUCCUUGGGCACUCCGCUUUUUGGCAAUCUGCAUGGCUGGCUUGGCCGCUGCCAGUUUCCUUUUCACGCCGCCCAAAGGAUCACAGGCGACAGCAGAGAAAUCGCCGACGACGAAAAAACAGUCCAUCAUCAACCGUGACAACUGGCGGGUGAAGAGAUACGUCAUCUGGACCAUCUGUAUUCCUUGCUCCCUUUUUGGCUACUUUGUCCCGUACGUCCACAUGGUCAAAUUCGUGGAUGAGCGAUUUCCGACUGAGGACGGCAAGAUUCUAAUCAUGUGCAUCGGCCUCACUUCAGGACUCGGCCGUCUUAUUUUCGGCAAAAUUGGGGAUCUGCCACGCGUCGACCGCAUUCUGCUGCAGCAGGUGUCAUUCAUUUCAAUGGGCGCGUUGACGAUGCUGAUGGUGUGGGCGCCGACGUGGCCGUGGAUGGUGGCUCUGGUGCUGGGCAUCGGCAUCUUCGACGGCUGCUUCAUCAGCCUGAUCGGGCCGAUCGCGUUUGACCUGUGCGGCCCGCAGGGCGCGUCGCAAGCCAUCGGCUUCCUGCUGGGCCUCAUGUCUAUCCCGAUGACGCUGGGCCCGCCGCUGGCCGGAAUGCUCUACGACAAGACCUCCUCCUACCAGCUAGCCUUCCUCCUGUCCGGCCUGCCCUCCAUCCUCGGCGGCCUUGCCCUCACGGCCAUGCACUGCUUUAAGACCGAGAAGGCGGACCCGGAGCAGAAGGGCCCCGAGGCCGCCUCGUUGAUCGAACUGCGCGUCCAGCCGGACAAGUGAACCGCACUGAGAGUUUAGUCAUGUUGGUUAAAUCAUUAAAGUAUGGAGUAUUUUUGCAGUCUA